UAAGGACUAUAAUUAAUUGGCUAGAGGUAGUAGAGAGGUUUGCUAAUGACGUAUUGCGCGAUCAUCGUCUCAAGCGCAACUCGAGUGGAGUGGGACGCGAGAUCCGGUACUGUUGUGACGUUUCGUGUAGUGAUAAUAUUACUUUUAAGUUUAGUGCUUAAGUGUUAAGAAUACGUGUGUGUUAAAGGAUUAAUUUACAAGUUACAAAUAUUUGAAUCUCAAUAGUGUAGUGAAUCAUUAAUAAGUAACGUACACAUUCAUAAAUGUGUUAGUGAAGUGAUGUGGUCACGUGAGCUAAAACAAAUGAAGCGACGCAAACAGCGUCUAGCAGCGCUACUCGAACCCGGCCAAUAACUUCAUACAAUGCUGGUAGCUUGGAUCAUAGCGGGAUGCCUAGCGUUUGGAUCAGCCCAGCUUCAGCUGCCUCCAGGGUUUGGCUUGCCGUCGAUCAUACAAGUGGAUCGCAACUGGUUUGUGACGUCGACAGACCCUAUUGGCACAGUUGUAACACGUGUUCAUAGAGAACGGACUGGCAAACAGAAUGUUACCUUCGGCUUGGAGACCAGCGGGCCUCCGACUCCGUUUACAAUAGAUCCGCAAACAGGAGUUGUGAUUGUUAACGAUACUCUUAAGGAUAAGGAAAACAAAUCAUAUUCGCUAUGGGUAACAGCUUACGAUGGUAUUUCACUACCCCAAAGGACAGAAGUAUUUGCGACCGUAACAGACGACACUGGUGUAAGGCCAAAAUUACCCCGACCCCCACCAUUCGCCAUUGCCAACUACCCCAGCAUGCCACUACCAAAGUUUACUCGGACCACAGAAAGAACCACCAAAGCAACAGAACCGAACAUAGAUGUAACAGUACCUGAAACUACAGUUAUUACAACUCUAAGUCCACCAAAAAAACCCGAAGAUGUCCCUGUGGAUAAAAUCAUUGAAAUUGAAAACCCAAAACGGAAUGAUUCAAAGAAAGUCGAUGAUACGAGAACAGGGAGUGAUGUUCCACUUACAGUUAUUCCAUUGGCGGCAAUUGGGCUUCUAAUUGCUAUAGUUGUUGGAGUAAUAAUAUUUGUUUGGAAAAAGAGAAAUAUUAAAGGAACAAAAAAAUCAAAAGACGAUAUGAGCAAAGACUCAAGUGGCAUCGUCCUACAGGACUCGUCUGCCAACUUGUGGGAUCGUCCCCGUGCUUAUUCUAAUCAAUACAAAGCCUGGGAUAAUUGUCAUUUACAGGUCUCUGAAGAAACUACGAUAAGCAAAAGUGAUCCUCAGGAUGAAUGGGAAUUUCCACGACAUCGUCUGAGGAUAUUCAAUAUAGUGGGUGAAGGUGCCUUCGGACAAGUUUGGAGAGCCCAGGCUAUUGAUAUCGAUGGUAAAAAAGGUGAACAAACAGUUGCCGUAAAAACAUUGAAAGGAAACGCUUCUGAGAAAGAAAAAACAGAUUUGAUACAGGAGUUGGCGGUUAUGAAAUCACUUGGUACUCAUCCGAAUGUAGUCAGGCUUGUCGGAUGUUGUACUGAAAAGGAACCCACAUUAGUGAUAAUGGAAUUCGUCAGCUUGGGUAAACUUCAGCAAUUCCUGCGCGAUUCCCGAGCUGAACGCCAUUAUGGAAACACUCAUGGUGGGAGCAUGUUUCUGACGUCACGUGACCUAACACACUUCGCCUUUCAAGUUGCGAGGGGAAUGGAUUUCCUUAGUUCGAAAGGAAUAAUCCACAGGGAUCUUGCAGCGCGUAAUGUUUUAAUCACAGAGGAGAGGACCUGUAAGGUUGCAGAUUUUGGGUUCGCGAGAGACGUUGCCGGCACACAUGUUUAUGAAAGAAAAAGUGAUGGAAGGUUGCCAAUUAGAUGGAUGGCUCCCGAGUCGCUCUACGAUGACAUAUUUAGUGUAAAAUCUGACAUUUGGAGUUUUGGUGUACUUCUUUGGGAGAUUGUCACUUUGGGUUCCACGCCAUACCCAGGAUUAUCAGCUGGAGAUGUCAUGAGAAAGGUGCGAGAUGGCCAUCGGUUGGAGAAGCCAGAACAUUGUCGGAGGGAGUUGUACAAUAUAAUGUAUUACUGCUGGGACGCCGAACCAUCAUCUCGACCAGAGUUCAAGGAGGUGGUUGAGAUGCUCGAACGAUUGUUGUGUACUGAGAUGGACUAUAUAGAGCUGGAAAGAUUUCCAGAUCAUUCGUAUUAUAAUGUUCAACAUUUGGAAGGAGAAAAGCUGUAGGUUACCUCUAGAGAUUCUUUUAUAGGUUCCUUAAAUGGUUAAGAAUUUACUAUUUGCUAGUACAGUUAAAGUAACACAUAUAAGUUUGACUUUAUUUCACACUAGAUGAUACCCCGCGGUUUCGUCCGCGUACACGCAGGACUGACACGUAGUAGCGACAUUUCAAUUAUUAAAAAAAAAAGAUAUCUUAUAAAAUUAUGCUGUUGCAACACUUUUUGUAAACAAUGAUGUGUUCUGCAAAGACGUCGUACAUUAUUUUAUCAUAUCGUUAAUACUCUUUGCACUGCAAGCAAUAUUAAGAAUAUUUUUGCUAUUUUUUUUACACUUGUGGUCACAUUAUUGGAGUUUUAGUAAGGAUCCCCAAUUUAUUUGAAUAUAUAAUAUAGCCAAUGGCACUUUGGGGAUAGUAUGGCUUCCCAAAAGUGAAAUAAUUUUUCAAAUCGGUUCAGUAGCUUCGGAGCGCAUUCGAUGCAAACAAACAAUCAAAUCUUUCCUCUUUACAAUAUUACUUACUUAAACACCUACUGACAUUUGUUGGUGGCAAAGAGAUUUUAAACACUUGGUUGGUAGCUAUUUCGGUGGCACAUAUAUUACAUGCAUUUGUAACUAGGCUAUUUCUGUAUAAGGCAAAUCUUUUUAGAUACUCGUAUUUAUUACAAAGAGUAUAAAUCUACCAUCACAACAUAACCCGUUUUAUCCCUUAGAUUAAGGAUUGGUCUCCGCUCCACCUAGAUGCCGCACUACCUAAGAACAAUAGCUUUUUUAUUACGGCAACUAUUAGAUGCUUGUGUGCGUGGCAUCUUGACACUCAAUGGCAUCUUUCAAAUAUUGUAACUUACGCUUCGUGUUAUUUUACAUUGAAACUAAUAAAAUAGAAAAUAUUUAAUGAUAAUAGUAUCAAUCCCAGGGUCUUUUUUAUUUCUUGUAGUAUUAUUUUUACAAAGUUUUACUGCGCAACCCUUCAUUUUAGUUUCAAUUAUUAGCAAAGUAAAAUAACAGAACAUGUGAAACGUCAACGUCACACAUUCCUCGAGACUGGCUCAAGAACGCCCAUUUGCGCGUAGUAUUAGUUGCCGCACUUUGCGACUACGUCUGCGGUAUCUAGUUGGAGCGCAGCGGAGACCAAUCCUUAGUCUAAGUUUUAACCUGUCAUUUGUACUAUAAAAUACUAUAAAAAUUAUAUAACUUGAAAACAAGAUAUUGUAAUUUAAGUUGUAUUAUAUUAUUCCUGUUUAGUCAAUUCUUAACAUAAAGUAAUUUCAGCAUACUGUCUUAAUCGAAAUAGUGCGAUAUAAAUAAUUCAUGUUAAAUUAUAAAUUUAAUGAGUAUGUUUGUAAUUUUAAGCUUCAUUGAACGAAAAACUGUUAUGGAUCUGGCAACUCUCCAACAUCAUAAUGAUGUCGCCAAUUAGUAGGCUUUAAGUCCAACUAAAAUCCGUUUUCGUGAAUAUAAAAUAAGAAAAAUGAAACGAGUUGUCAAUAAUAAAUAGUUGUUUUGUACAAGAUCUUCCGUACUGAUAAUAGUAAUAGUGUUCAUGUUAUUGUAAUGAAAUGAUUAUAUUAAUUGACAUUUUUUUUUGUAUUAGGCUAUCAGAGAAAAUAAAUUGUAAGAAUUAAUUAAUCAAAGAUCUUUAUUGUACCAUCGACAAAUUCAUUCAUGACCUACUUUGCUGAUAAUUCUGUUAAAAUCAUUGAAACAUUAAGUUUAUAUUUGCAUGAAAAAAAUUGUAUGACAAUUUGUGGACUACGGCCGUUCCCAAUAUACAGACUAUCUCUUACUUGAGACAAAAAUCGUAACUAUCGUUGAAUUUUCUAUCCCAAUAAACUUAUCGACGGUAACUCACGUUACCGUGUCUGUCAAUGGGACGACGUAUAGCUUACCAGCGAUAGAAGUUUGUAUGGAGAUUGCAAUUCACGCGUCCCGAUAUAAGGCGAUAACAAUGACUUGUCGGGUGUAUUGGGAUUUGGGAUAGCUCCAGAUUAUUGACAGCUAAUUACUGACAGUAGAAGUAACUUAUUUAUAUCCGUCGAUACUAUAUUGGGAACGAACAAAAUGAUAACAGUUACUUUGGAAAUGUAUUUUCAAGCGAAUUUCGACCUAAUUGUUUAUUAUGACUGUGGGAAAAUGACAUAAAGGUGGGACACGAUUCAAUUUUGUCGUCGACAGUAUUUGAGCAGUUGUCUGUGAGCCGCCCACAUAGAUUUCACUUACGUGACAACUUAGCCCAUGAAGGGUUCCGUAGCAUCAAGUAACAUAAUAUAAGAGUUCUUUAGUGAUAAUAUUUGAGUUCAUUGAAUGAAAGGUAAAUUGCGGUGUACGAUUUAUGACGUAUUAAAAAAAAAACUACUUACUAGAUCUGGUUCGAACCAAUCUUAAGUGGAAGUUUGCAUGGUAAUGUACAUCAUAUUUUUUUUUAGUUUUAUCGUUCUCUUAUUUUAGAAGUUACAUUGGGAGGGGACACACUUUUUACCACUUUGGAAGUGUCUAUUCAGUUUAGAAAAAAAAAUAUUAGAAACCACAUAUCUUUUUUGAAGACCUAUUUAUAGAUACCCGUAUAUACGGGUUUGACGAACAAGAACUUUUUAGUUUCAGUUCUAAGUUUCUAAGUAAAUCCCCAAAAUUGAUUGUUUUUUUUCUAUUUUUGUGUAAAAAUGUGGCUCACAGAAUACAUCUACUUACAAAGUUUCAACAGUAUAGUUACUAUAGUUUCGGAAAAAUGUGGCUGUGAAAUACGGACGGACAAACAGACAGUAAUGAAGAAUCCGAGUUCCGUUUUUUGCCAUUUGGUUACGAUAUCCUAAAAAUGAAUCAGAUUUGCUUCUUAUUGAAAGUUUCCCAAAUAACUCAUAAUCUUCUUAAAUCAAACCAGCAGUUAUGAAGUUUAUAAUCAGACAGAAGAAUAAAACUUCUUAUAAUUGGUUUUCUGGUAAAAAUAGCAAGUAUGUAUCUUCUUCUCAUGCAUUUAGAAUAAAACUGUUUUUUCAAAGAAUAUUCCUACUAAAGGCCUGAUAUUAUAACGAAUAUUUCAUGUCACAAAUAUUAUUUAUAAAAAAAGAAAUGUGUAACUUUAGAGCUCCCAUCGUCACUGUAAAUAUAUCACUGAAGCAAUUUUAUUAUUUCUUAAUAUAAAAAAUAUUAUAGAAACUCCUUUGCCAAUGUUUUAUUAGUCUUAUCACGGAUACUGAGGUAAUAUUUUUUGCGAAAAAGCCACCAUCUAUACGUUUUUAUUCCUAAUAUUAAAACGCACCCCUUAAAAUUACCAAUUAAAACUGUGUAUUAAUUAUAUUUGUUCUAAUUACGGGUUUUCCACAUUAAUUAAUGUUUUAAAAAUUGUAAUAAUUUUUUACCAUAAAAUAUAACCCUUUUUCAAAAACAUUAACUGUAUAUUUUUAACAUUGUACAAUUUAUAUCAAUAUCUGAUCAUAUUUUGUUUAUAAUAAUGUGCUGACUAUCUUAUAACAUAAAAUGUAUUUCUAAUUAUUCAAGGCAUACAAUCUACCUAUAUUACCAACUUUAAGAGAAACUUUUGUCACAAAUUUACCUAUUGCCUCUAUUUGAGUAGAUUAACUCCACAUUCGCCCCGCUAGACCCUUUUUUCUUAUAAACUAAAUGUUUGGCGAGACGUAUAACAUUUUUUCUAACCUGACUAACACGAAGUACUCGUAUCUUGCCCCAAACUAGGAAUAGCCUGUACUAUAGGUGCAAUACAACUUACAUAUCUAAUUCGGACACAAACAUACAUAUUCAUCAAUCGUUUGUACCUACCGGGAUACGAACCCAGGCCCUCUAGUUCAGUGCACAGGUUCACUGACCACAGAACUUAACUUAGAUUGUAUGCGAUUAAAAAUUAUGAACGAUCUGAAACGAGUUAAAAUUAAUGUAAUAUUUAGGAUUAUUUUAGCAGAUAGCUAGUCCUUAUUGUUUAAAUGUAUUUUAAUUUGAAAAUAAAUGUAAUAUAGUGUAAAUAGUUAUAAGUUGGCUUAAGAUGGAAGCCAUUAAUUUUGUAAUAAAUUGUUUUGUUAAA